AUGGCUCGCUUCGCUUUCCUCUCCCUGGCUUUGUUCUCGGUUCAGGCCUUGAUCGGCGGUACUCUGGCAGCAGAUGCCGCUGAGAAGGCUGAAGAGACAUUUGAAGCGCCUACCCUCGCCGUGACCGCACAGGCAGCAUUCCCUGCCUCUGAGAUCUUCGGCGUGAAGCUCGUCAAUGGCCACCCCACCCAGGCCUUGGUGACAUUUACCAACAAUGAAGAGUCUGCUGUGACCGUGAACUUCAUUGGUGGUACUCUGUCUACUCUGGACGAGGAGAGCAAGCUGGUUCGCAAUCUGACUGCGACUCGCUACAGCGUGGAGAUCCCCGCUGGUGAGCAGGAGAGCCUGAGCUACAGCUUUGCCACCGAGAUGCACCCCCAGGACCUCCGACUCUCUCUCGCCUCUGUCAUUUCUGACGCCGAGGGCCGCUUCUUCACCGUUUACGCCCACAAUGGUACCGUUAGCGUGGUUGAGCCGGAAACUAGCAUCUUUGACCCUCAGAUUAUCUUCCUUUACUUCUUCCUCCUAACCUGCUUUGGUGGUGUUGUGUACUUCUUCUACACCGUCUGGAUUGCGCCCUACUUCCCUCAGAAGAGAAAGUCCGCCAAGCCCGAGACUAAGAACACCGCCUCCAAGAAGGCGGAAGCUCCUGUCGACAGCCCUGCUGUUUCUUCCGCAACCACCUACAACGCCGACUGGAUCCCAGCUCACCACAUCAACCGCCCUGAAGCCAGGAAGGUCAAGGGCUCCUCCCGGUCCAAGUCUCGCGCAUAA